UAAAGUAUGAUGGGAAAUAAGGUGAGAGAUUUUGCUGAACGUUGUGCGGAAGUACUUUAAAACAUUAUGUUUCCGAAAGGACAUCUGUGAUUGAUUAGUUAAACACAUUAAGAAACUUAUCAGAAACCCAACAGUUUUAUCUCAACAGUGUUUAAAAAGCAAUGUCAAAUUCAUAAUAAUAAUGCACCAGCACAUUGAAGGAGUAUUUCCACUAGUUUGUUGGUCAAGCGUGGGUUUAGCAAAAUGAUCAUCCUUUUUAAUUUAACAGAUUAAAUGAUUCAAAAUUGGAAUACCUUGAAAAGACCUUAAAAGGUCAUAUGAGCAGUUUAAGUUUAUUUUAUCUCGUUCAGAGAGAUAUUUGUAUUUCAAAACUCGUUGCUCCGGUAGGAUAUAUGGAUCUAUGAAGCACAUCAAAGGAACAUUCCUAAAAAGAAAACCAAAAUCACCAAAAAAUCACAACCAAAUUGGUUCUUGUAUUGCAUGACUGCAAGAAAAUCUCUUUUUGGCAUCUUUAUUUAAAUGAAUCAGUUCAGUCUGUACUGAACAUUCAUAACUUUUAACUGAUUUCCCUUUUCACAUUUUCACAUUUAUAUGUUUUUAACUAAACAUUUAGAUAGUCUGUUGCUGUAGCUUUAAAAAUAAUUUUGUGACAUUAAUAGCUAUACAACAACAUAUUUACAGCUAAAACCACAAGCAUGAAUAAUACAUGUAAAUGGUACACAUUAAGAAUGAAUGUGAAGUAGUGAAACUAACCAAAACCACUGUGUUUCCUUCCAAAUUAUUUUGAAGGCAUACCAGAUGGAGACCUCAUGGAGCUGAAUGAGCUGCACACCCGUUAAAUGCUUUUUGCUGGGUUAAAUGGUUUCUUUAAAAUCAACCUUUCUGUCUUCUAUGGCAGGGGUUUUCAAAUCUUAUGAUGCGAGGGACCCCCAAACGAUGAUGACCCCCUUACUAAAAUACAUAUGCACUUUACAGUAUUUUUUGUAUAAAGAAACAUUUAAACUCUGUACAAUAAUGUGACACAAUAGUGUGAUGUAGAAGAAACAGUAUGUUCAGUAGAUUUUCUGGGGACCCCUAGAAUCUUCUGGAGGCCCCUGGUGAUCCCUGUACUCCAGUUUGAAACCCCUGUUCUAUGGCACUGCUGAGAAGAUCAGCAUCAGCACUUGACAUGUGAGUCAAAAUAUAGGAAUUUGGUUUGUUUAACAUUUAUUUAGUCACUAUUAACAACAUUUCAUAGGCGUUUUGAUAGUAAGCUUUACUAUAGAAGAAAUAUAACUUCGAUAAAAACGCACUAAGAUAGUGAUAUCAAUUAUGGAAAAGAGGACAGUUACGAAAAUCCUAAAUAAACUCCAAAAAUUCCAUAGGAAUUCUUUCCGCUAUUUAUUGUUAUAAACUUACGCAGCGGAGCGGAGCAGGCUGCGUUAUGGGCGGAGUCCGCCGCGUGACGUCAGACGCGCGUAAUCUCUACCUCACAUCCUCCCGUCAACCUCUCGCCACCGCCCGGUGACAGCAAACACGGAAGCGGCAUGGCGUCCAGCAGCAACAGCAGCAGCAGCAGCGCGCAGAACAGACUCCGGAUCAUAGCCGGACAUCUGCAGAGCCGAGCGGGCGUCGCUGCGCAAGAAUGCAAAGCCGAGGUGCCCGGAACCGGUCCCAGCAGACUGACACCGGUACCGAAGCGGAGGCAGGAGAUCAUGAAAUGGAAUGGCUGGGGUUACAGCGACUCCAGGUUCCUGUUUAAUAAAAAAGGUCAAGCAGAGUUCACAGGUAAAAGGUAUCGGUUGAGUGGUCUGAUUUUGCCAAGUUUGAAGGACUGGUUUGAGGGCACGUUUGGAGCGAAUUUACAGCAUAAAUCCCCCGCUACGCCCACGCUGAGUGCAUCUGCAGUUCCCCCUCCUAACUUGAAUGAGCCCUUCAUGGAGGACCUGAAAGCAGCGGGCAUAGCUGUGUCACGUGAUACAGAGGACCGGGUCUUCCGGGCUCAUGGUCACUGCCUGCAUGAAAUCUUUGCUCUGCGUGAAGGGAGGAUCGGACGGGUGCCGGACGCCGUGGUUUGGCCGAGUUGUCAUAGUGAUGUGGAGAAGAUUGUGGAACUGGCCUGUAAACGUGACGUCUGUUUGAUACCUUACGGAGGUGGUACGAGUGUGUCCAGCGCUCUAGAGUGCCCCCCUGAGGAGACUCGCUCCAUCGUGUCUUUGGACACAUCUCAGAUGAACCGAAUAUUGUGGGUGGAUGAGAAGAAUCUGACUGCUCAUGUGGAGGCAGGAAUCAUCGGACAAGAUCUGGAGAGACAGUUAAAUGAGCGCGGUUACUGCACGGGUCACGAGCCCGACUCGAUGGAGUUCAGUUCUCUGGGCGGAUGGGUGGCCACGAGGGCGUCGGGCAUGAAGAAAAACAUCUACGGCAACAUUGAGGACCUGGUGGUGCAUAUAAAGAUGGUGACGCCCAGAGGAGUGAUUGAGAAGAGCUGUCUGGGGCCGCGGAUGUCCACCGGACCUGACGUACAUCACUUCAUACUGGGCUCAGAGGGAACUCUGGGAGUGGUGACUGAAGUUACGAUGAAGAUCCGACCCAUUCCCGAGUAUCAGAAAUACGGAUCUGUCGUCUUUCCAAACUUCCAGCAGGGUGUGGCGUGUUUGAGAGAGGUCGCCAGACAGAGAUGUGCUCCAGCAUCUAUUCGGCUAAUGGACAAUGAUCAGUUUCAGUUCGGUCAUGCACUCAAGCCACAAGUGUCCUCCAUGUUCACGUCGUUUUUGGACGGGUUGAAAAAAUUCUACAUCACAAAGUUUAAAGGAUUCGACCCGCACCACCUGUGUGUCGCCACACUGCUGUUUGAAGGGGAUCGUGGGAAGGUUUUACAGCACGAGAAACAGGUGUACGACAUCGCAGCCAAAUUCGGGGGUCUCGCAGCAGGAGAGGACAACGGUCAGAGGGGAUACAUGCUGACAUUUGUGAUCGCGUAUCUGCGGGAUCUAGGGAUGGACUACUAUGUGAUGGGCGAGUCGUUUGAGACGUCUGUGCCGUGGGACAGGGUGUUGGACUUGUGUGGGAAUGUGAAGGAGAGGAUUGUGAGGGAGUGUAAGGAGAGGGGCGUUCAGUUUUCCCCGCUCUCAACCUGCAGAGUUACACAGUUGUAUGACGCCGGCGCUUGUGUGUAUUUCUAUUUUGCCUUUAAUUAUCGAGGUCUGAGUGAUCCAGUGCACGUCUACGAACAAGUGGAGCACGCAGCCCGAGAGGAGAUUUUGGCCAACGGAGGAAGUUUGUCUCAUCAUCAUGGAGUGGGAAAACUCCGGAAGGAAUGGAUGAAGGAGAGCGUGUCCAGCGUGGGUCUCGGCAUGCUGAAGUCGGUGAAGGAGUACGUGGACCCUCAGAACAUUUUUGGGAACAGAAACCUGUUGUAAUUGAACAACACAGAUUUGUUUUCAAUGAUGUACUCAUUGAUUUAAACUUCAUCAUCCAUAUUCUUCUUGUGUGCACAACCAUGAUAAACCAACUCUUUGUGUUCCAUCAACACUAUGGUCUGGUGUUAUUGUCACCUUUAACCUUUGACCGAUCGGGGUGUGACAUCAAAGCACAGCUUACCAAUCACAAUCGCGAUACUAUGAUGUCAUUUGCCGAUCGGCCUGCGUAAACCCCUCACCCCUCUGGUCUUCCCAUUCUAGAUUUGAUAUCACAGGUUUUUAAUACUGUAAUGUCUGAACGCUUCUGUGUGGCACUAUUGUUGUGUUUAGUACGGUAAGCGUGUCUGGAUUCUGUGCCUUCUGUCUGUCCGUCUGUCUUAAUGUCGCAAUGUUUACUCCUUCCUCUUUCUUGCUCUGUUUUUACCUUUUAUAUUAGUCAGCUUUAACCGUUUCCAUUAAAAAUGUUUUAUAUUAGAUGGAUGAAUUUAAUGAUACAAGCAAAACUAAAUAGCCAUGUUGAACCUUAUAAUCUAAAUCAAAUCUAUAUUUUUGAGUGAGACGAUUAGAGCUGUUUUAAGGGCCAUUGCGUUUUUUUAUAUAAUGCAAGAAACUAGAAAGAAAACAGAAAUGAAAAUCAUCUUGACUAAACAAUGAUUCAGAAUUAAAAUAUAUCACAAGAAAGGUUUGAUCUGCAACAUGUUUUAUACAGUUACUAAUAUUCUUAAUGCAUUUUCUCAUUAUAUGUAGUUUACUGCUGAAAAUGUAAACAAUUUAUGUAACAAAAUCGAAAUGGUCCCAAUUGAGGCAAUGUUAUACAUACGAAUGUAGAUGUUGAGGUGAAGUCUGACCUACACGUUUUGUAGAGGUGCCUCAGUUUUGUGUUGAGAAUUGACCCUGGUGAAUUCAGAAGGUAAAUGUUGAAUGUUCAAGAGCUCAUGCGUGUUUUCGGCGUGAUGUGAGUGAUGUUGUGUAUAUCAAAUCUUUCUCCUUGUGUUCUUACCAAAGACUGUCGUCAGACGCCUCACACACGCGUGUACAUGCUGUAUAUAUCCAUGAACUGAACAUUCAUCGUGAUGAAUUGUAUUUUUUUAAAGACAACAUAUGCAAAAAGCCAGAGCUGAUCUGAACUUGGAUCUAAAACGUUAUCUGUGACUGUUACAUCUUUACACUUCUUUCCAUUUGUCGUUGAGGACAAACGAUUGCGUCUUUUAAAGAUGGCGUCUUUUAUUUCCCAGAAUGCAUAAGACUUCGAACGUCUGCCUUGUGCUCAUUCUACUCUUUGUUGUUCUGUUAUAAACAGCAAACGGUGGCAUGGCGUGAUGUGAUCCUCUUUAGAAAGGAUUAUUUACCCCAAAAUAUAAAAUGUCACAUAAUUUCUUCUGUUAAACACACAGGUGAUGCUGUUGAGCAUCUCGCCUCGUGUCUGAGAGGGUUACGAUUGUUUAGAAAAAAUGUAAUUUCAAUGUUUAUGUUACAAUGCGAUAUGAACAUUUUUAAAUAAUACUGAUUUACGAUUUAAAGACUAGAAAUAUAGUAUAUAGUGAGACAAAUAGGAUAUUCGUUUUUAUUUUGUAAUUUAUGGGGCUUCACAUUAUCUGUCAUUAAUCUUUUUUGGCCAAUGAAAUCCACAGAAGGUCUAACAGCUGUAAAUGUUGAACGAUAUUUUGGGGUAAACUCUUAUAAUGAUAAAAUCAUUGAUUUAUUAAGUGAUUUAUUUUGUAUUUUAAGAUGACCAAUGACCAAGUAUGUAUUGCAUUUAACAGGGAUUAAGUCUAGCAUAUUUUCUUAAAGCCUGAACAAAUAAUCAGCUCACCUUGCAGGGUCUUUAUUUACACAAGCCCCGCCCACUGCGGUUGGAAGCCACGCCCCAUCCCUGUCAAACAGAGAUGUGAUGUUCAACAGAGCUUUUCAAGCAUUUCUCAAAUGACGCCAUCAUUUAUAAAGUGUCUGAAGAGCUUCAUCAUUUGUGUUAUCAAACCAUAUGUGCAGUAACCCUUUCUGUCUUUAUGAAACUGAAGAUGAAGGAUCAUGAGGUUUGCUCUCUCCUCUGAAUGUUCCUGAAUGGUUUCAUCUUCGAUCACGUUUUACUACAACAACAACAAUUUAAAGAGUGUGUUAGCAGAUUUGAAUCUGAAUAUGAUAAAAACUGUCCUCGUCUUUUGCCAGAUCUCUUGAUCAUGUGUUUAAUAUCGGAGUACAAUUUGUCAAAACUGUUUGUGCAAUAAAUUAACAUGUUAGAAUA